AAGCCGAAAUGCAUGAUGGGAUUGCAUAAAGCUUUGCUUGAGUACAUUAGCAUUAUAAACAAAGCCCAAGUGUACUCACAAUGAAUUUCGUUGUCUGCUAAAUUGCACAAUUUCUUUAAUUUUUCUUUACUUCAGAGUAAUGCCCGUGGAAGUGGAGAGGAAGUUUGUGUGUGACUCAGAUAUCCUAGAGAAGCUGAAGGACAUUAGAGCUGUAUGUUUGGGUCGGUAUGAAUUUAAAGAUCAGUACUUCGACACAGCAGACUUCACACUGACCCUAAAAGAUUUCUGGCUGAGAAAACGUGAAGGAUCAUGGGAGCUAAAACGGCCCACAUCAUCAAAUUUGAAUGCAGAGACAAGGGCAAAGGAUGUGUGCACUAAUUACAGAGAGAUCACAGAUGUGCUUCAGAUCAGAGUUGAGCUUAUGUCUAUCAUCGGCAUUUAUGCAGAACACACCGCAGAGUCCUUACAGAAAGAGCAAGAUGAAGAUGUUCAUGCUGAGUUUCAAAAGUGGGUGCAGGAAAUGAAGCUGGAGUGUUUUGCGGAGUUCACCACCGUGCGGCAUUCUUAUACACUGGAAUACGAAGGUGAUGACAGAAGUGUACGGGUCGAUCUGGAUCAGGCCGAUUUUGGCUACUGUGUCGGAGAGAUUGAAGUCCUUGUUUCGGAAGCGGACGAGAUGACGUCUGCGAUGCAGAGUAUCGAGAAGAUGGCUCAAAAAUUAGGUAUCGGAGGUGAGCAGAAAACCAAGGGGAAAAUGGAGGUGUAUCUUCAGAGAUUUCGGCCAGAUCACUAUGCUGCGCUUCUUAAAGCUCACGUACUGUGAAGUAACUAACUAACAUUUUAUUCAUUAAUUAUAAUGAGAAUGAAUAUGUCUAUAAUAAAAUGAAAAUGAUUGAAGCUUGAGCAAAAACAGUAUAAACUGUUGAGUUGAGGGAAUGUUUGUGGAUUUGGGGACUUUUUCCCCAACACAUUAAUGGAAAGUAUUCUUAAGCAUGUCAACCAACAUUCCUGUAUCCGUGUUUUAUUAAAUAUCAUGUACGCACAUUUGAAAUCCCGAUACAACUUCUUUCAGGACUCUGAAUGAAUGCGCGUUGGAUUGUUUAAAGUUAAAGUUUUGGAAAGAUUGUCAGAACACUGAAUAGUGAGCGUUUAAAUAAUAUUAGAGAUUGGGAAAUAAAAGAAACUGUAAUGUGUA